AUGAAAGUACAAUACCCCGACUGGCUGGCCAAUCCGGUGGUGGUCAAGAAAAAUAACGGCAAAUGGCGAGCCUGCGUUGACUUCACCGACCUCAAUAAGGCAUGCCCUAAAGACUGCUUCCCGUUACCUCACAUCGACCGACUCGUGGAGGCUACAGCAGGUAACCAACUUUUCUCGUUCAUGGAUGCGUUCUCCGGAUACAACCAGAUCGCGAUGAGCCCAGCCGAUCGCAAAAAAACCGCGUUCAUCACGGAUAGAGGGACCUACUACUACAAGGUGAUGCCAUUCGGCCUGAAAAACGCAGGGGCGACCUACCAACGCCUGGUCAACACGAUGUUCGCCGACCUGUUAGGGCAAACAAUGGAAGUCUACAUUGACGAUAUGUUGGUCAAAUCUCUUAUAGCAGAACAACACAUCCAGCACCUCACCGAAUGCUUCGACAUCCUAGAUCGAUUCCAGAUGAAGUUAAAUCCCACCAAGUGCACUUUCGGGGUGACCGCGGGGGAAUUCUUGGGAUAUAUCGUCAUAGAACGCGGAAUCGAGGCAAACCCAAAGCAGAUCGAAGCAGUGCUGGGACUCCCAUCGCCAUCCAACAAACGAGAAGUACAGCGCUUAACAGGUCGGGUAGCCGCGCUGAACCGUUUCAUCGCCCGAUCGACGGACAAGUGUCUCCCAUUUAAUCAGCUUCUUCGGGGCAAUAAAGAUUUUCAUUGGGACGAAGCCUGUGCUCGUGAUGCCCGAAGAAGGAGAGACGUUAUAUCUCUACGUCUCCAUUUCCAGUUAGGCAUCACACUCCAUUGUUGUGCUAACCGACCAACCGCUCCGGACGGUCCUUCACAGCCCCCAUCAGUCCGGGCAAAUUGCAAAGUCCUUGCGGAUUUCAUCACGGAACUAUCCCCCGACCUCGAAGAAACCAUACCUAAGGAGGAACCCUGGACGUUGUUCACCGAUGGCUCCUCUUCCAACCAAGGAUCUGGUGUCGGGAUUAUACUCCGAUCUCUAACGGGCGAAGUCCUCGAGCAAGCAUUAAAACUCGGCUUCAAAGCAUUAAACAAUGAGACCGAGUACGAAGCUGUCCUAGCUGGACUACGGUUAGCCCAGGGUCUGGGGGUAACUAGUAUCCAAGUUUUCUGCGACUCCCAGCUAGUGGUUAGCCAGUUCAGCGGGGAGUACGGUGCUAAGAACGUGCGCAUGGAGACAUAUCGCCAGUUACUCCGAACUCUCUCUGCACAGUUCGCCUUGUUCAAACUAAUCAAAGUUCCGAGAAGCGAGAACGCAUCAGCAGACGCUCUCGCCGCCCUGGCGAAUUGUUCCGACCCGGAGUUGCGGCGAACGAUCCCAAUCGAGUGUAUCGAAAUUCCUAGCAUCGAUCAUACCGAUUUAACGCACGCCAUCAGCAACGCUGCAGAACCAAUGGAUAUCGACCUACCCGUCCAGGAUCCCGCGGAGAUAACACAACCCCCAGAUGACUGGCAGCUCGAAAUAAAAGAGUAA